AUGGUGGGUGAAGUCCCCUACCUUAUCUCAGAUCUGGAUCGGCGAGGCCAUCGGAGAUCCUUUAUAGAAAGAUAUGACCCGAGCCUAAAGACCAUGAUCCCAGUGAGACCCUAUGCAAGGCUGGCACCCAACCCUGUGGAUGAUGCGGGACUGCUCUCCUUUGCUACAUUUUCCUGGCUCACACCAGUGAUGGUUAGGGGCUACAAGCACACACUGACUGUGGAUACCCUGCCCCCGCUGUCACCAUAUGACUCAUCGGACACCAAUGCCAAAAGAUUUCGAAUCCUUUGGGAUGAAGAGGUAGAAAGUAUGGGUCCUGAGAAAGCCUCUCUGGGCCGAGUGGUCUGGAAAUUCCAGAGGACACGUGUUUUGAUGGAUAUUGUGGCCAAUAUCCUGUGCAUUAUCAUGGCAGCCAUAGGGCCGACGGUUCUCAUUCACCAAAUCCUCCAACAGACCGAGAGCAUUUCUAGGAAUGUCUGGGUUGGCAUUGGCCUGUGCAUAGCACUUUUUGCUACUGAGUUUACCAAAGUGCUCUUUUGGGCUCUUGCCUGGGCUAUAAAUUACCGCACAGCAAUCCGGUUGAAGGUGGCUGUCUCCACCCUGGUUUUCGAAAACCUGGUGUCCUUCAAGACGCUGGCACACAUCUCUGUUGGCGAGGUGCUCAAUAUACUAUCAAGUGAUAGUUAUUCCUUGUUUGAAGCUGCCUUGUUUUGUCCCUUGCCAGCCACCAUCCCUAUCCUAAUGGCUGUUUGUGCAGUGUAUGCCUUUUUCAUUCUGGGGCCCACAGCUCUCAUUGGGAUAUCUGUUUACAUCAUAUUCAUCCCCAUCCAGAUGUUUAUGGCUAAGCUCAAUUCAGCUUUCCGAAGAUCAGCAAUUUCGGUGACAGACAAGCGAGUUCAGACAAUGAAUGAGUUUCUGACCAGCAUCAAGCUGAUUAAAAUGUAUGCCUGGGAGAAAUCUUUUACCAAUACCAUUCAAGAUAUAAGGAAGAGGGAAAGGAAAUUACUGGAAAAAGCUGGAUUUGUCCAAAGUGGAAACUCAGCCCUGGCCCCCAUUGCAUCUACAAUAGCCAUUGUAUUGACAUUCACCUGCCACAUCCUCCUGAGACGCGGGCUCACCGCCCCGGUGGGGAAGGUCUUGGGAAUAUGCGGGAAUGUUGGAAGUGGAAAGAGCUCCCUCAUUGCAGCUCUCCUAGGACAGAUGCAGUUACAGCAAGGGAUCGUGGCAGUCAAUGGGACUGUGGCCUAUGUUUCCCAGCAAGCAUGGAUCUUUCAUGGAAAUGUGAGAGAAAACAUACUAUUUGGAGAAAAGUAUGAUCAUCAAAGGUAUCAGCACACGGUUCGAGUCUGUGCCCUUCAGGAGGACCUGAGCAGCCUUCCUUAUGGAGACCUGACUGAGAUUGGGGAGCGGGGCCUCAACCUCUCUGGGGGGCAGCGGCAGAGGAUCAGUCUGGCCCGUGCUGUCUACUCAAACCAUGAAAUCUACCUGCUGGACGACCCCCUGUCAGCAGUGGAUGCCCACGUGGGGAAGCAUGUUUUUGAAGAGUGCAUUAAGAAGACGCUCAGGGGGAAGACAAUCGUCCUGGUGACCCAUCAGCUGCAGUUCUUGGAGUCUUGUGAUGAAGUCAUUUUGUUAGAAGAUGGAGAGAUUUGUGAAAAGGGAACCCACAAGGAGUUAAUGGAGGAGAGAGGGUGCUAUGCAAAACUGAUUCACAAUCUCCGAGGGUUGCAAUUCAAGGAUCCUGAACACAUUUACAAUGCAGCAAUGGUGGAAGCCCUUAAGGAGAGCCCCGCUGAGAGAGAUGAAGAUGCUGGUACAGUAGCUCUGGCUCCAGGAGAUGGGAAAGAUGAAGGAAAAGAACCUGAAACGGACUCAGAAUUUAUAGACAUAACAGUUCCUCUGCACCAGCUCGUCCAGACUGAAUCUCCUCAGGAAGGAACCGUGGCCUGGAAAACGUAUCACACGUACAUUAAGGCUUCUGGAGGGUACCUCCUCUCUCUGUUCGCUGUGUCCCUCUUCCUCCUGAUGAUCGGCAGCUCUGCUUUCAGCAAUUGGUGGCUGGGUCUCUGGCUAGACAAGGGCUCACAGAUGACCUGUGGGCCCCAGGGCAACGAGAAUGCGUGUGAGAUGGGUGCAGUGCUGGCAGACACAGGGCAGCGCGUGUACCAAUGGGUGUACGCAGGGAGCAUGGUGUCUGUGCUGACCUUUAGUGUCAUUAAAGGUUUCACCUUCACCAAGACCACACUGAUGGCGUCCUCUUCAUUACACGACCGCGUGUUUGACAAGAUCCUAAAGAGCCCAAUGAGCUUCUUUGACACGACUCCCACUGGCAGGCUAAUGAACCGUUUUUCCAAGGAUAUGGACGAGCUGGAUGUGAGGCUGCCAUUUCACGCAGAGAACUUUCUGCAGCAAUUUUUUAUGGUGCUGUUUAUUCUUGUGAUAUUGGCUGCUGUGUUUCCUGCUGUCCUUUUAGUCCUGGCCAGCCUUGCUGUUGGCUUCUUCAUUCUUUUACGCAUUUUCCAUAGAGGAGUCCAGGAACUCAAGAAGGUGGAGAACAUCAGCCGGUCUCCUUGGUUCUCCCACAUCACUUCAUCCAUGCAGGGCCUGGGCAUCAUCCACGCCUAUGACAAGAAGGAGGACUGCAUUAGCAACCACCUCCUAUACUUUAACUGUGCUCUCAGGUGGUUUGCUCUAAGAAUGGACGUCCUCAUGAACAUUGUUACCUUCAUUGUGGCCUUGUUGGUGACCCUGAGCUUCUCCUCAAUUAGUGCUUCAUCCAAAGGCUUGUCUUUGUCUUACAUCAUCCAGCUAAGCGGACUGCUCCAAGUGUGCGUGCGCACAGGGACAGAGACCCAGGCCAAAUUCACCUCCGUGGAGUUGCUCAGAGAGUAUAUUUUGACCUGUGUUCCUGAGUGCACUCACCCCCUCAAAGUGGAAACCUGUCUGCAUGACUGGCCCAGCCGUGGGGAGAUAACAUUCAGAGACUAUCAGAUGAGAUACAGAGACAACACUCCCCUUGUUCUUGAUGGGCUGAACUUGGUCAUUCAAAGUGGGCAGACAGUUGGGAUCGUUGGAAGAACAGGUUCUGGAAAGUCAUCAUUGGGAAUGGCCUUGUUUCGUCUGGUGGAGCCAGCCAGUGGUACGAUCUUCAUUGAUGAGGUGGAUAUCUGCACGAUUGGUUUGGAAGACCUCAGAACCAAGCUGACUGUGAUCCCUCAGGAUCCUGUCCUGUUUGUAGGUACAGUAAGGUACAACUUGGAUCCCUUUGAGAACCACUCAGAUGAGAUGAUCUGGCAGGUUCUGGAGAGGACAUUCAUGAGAGACACAAUAAUGAAACUCCCGGAAAAAUUACAGGCAGAAGUCACAGAAAAUGGAGAAAACUUCUCAGUAGGGGAACGUCAGCUGCUUUGUAUGGCCCGAGCACUUCUCCGCAAUUCAAAAAUCAUUCUCCUUGAUGAAGCCACCGCCUCCAUGGACUCCAAGACCGACACCCUUGUUCAGAGCACCGUCAAAGAUGCCUUCAAAGGCUGCACGGUAUUGACCAUUGCCCACCGCCUCAACACGGUUCUCAACUGCGACCUCGUUCUGGUCAUGGAAAAUGGGAAGGUGGUCGAGUUUGACAAGCCUGAAGUCCUUGCUGAGAAGCCAGAUUCUGCAUUUGCAAUGUUACUAGCCGCAGAAAACAAAGUUCGACUGUAGAGGUCCCUGAUGGGGCCACAUCAGCUGAUUUUAGAGGAGGAGGAGGAUGCUUCAGAUGAGCUGGAGGAGCCUGCAGGAGAAGGGCCUGCCAUUUCCGCAGGCAGGCCUGGCCCAUUGUUCCUUCCAUCCCUGACACCUAAGUUGAGCUAGGGCGGAGGUUGCUGUCCUGCCUUACCCCAGCCCAUGCCUCCCGACCUCACCUGGCAGGCUUGGGUUUGGUUCUGGGUGGUGAACUGAGGCAGAAGAAACUAAUGGAUUAAAAAACUGCCCCUCACCUCCUAAAACCCCAAGGUCCCCAU